GCCAGCCAGUGGCCACUCGUCACUCACUGGUGUAUUUGGUCAGGCCCCAGCCCGUGGUGACGCACUGCAUCCCGGCGGGAAAGUCAUCGCUGGCCUUGGGCAGGCACACGGCGGACACGGUCUUGGAGAAGCUCGCGGGUGUGGACAGCUUCAGCAGGGUGAUGUCGUUGCUGGUGGUGAGCGAGCUGUAGCUGGGGUUCUUGAAAACCUGUGGGGUGAGGCCAGACAGCCGCCGUUGGGGUCCGGGAAGAAGCUGACCCAGGCAGAACCCGGCGCGGGACUACCCCUCACGGCCUCCACGCUCCUUCCUGGACAACAGCCCUUCCAGCUCGGCAGCUCCUUCCGCGGCCCCAGGAGCCCGAGGCCCAGCCCUUCCCCUCAUGGAGCCGCGCACACCCUGCUUUCUGCUUUGCCCCGUCAUGAGGAGAAUUGCUCCUCCUUGCACAGGGUGCAAGGCCCCAGGAAGGUCCACCUCCACCCUGGGGGCCUCACACCGGCUGGCGCGGUCCAGUCCUCCCAGCAUCCUCAUUGUAGAGAUGGAGCUGGUGAGGCUCAGAGACGGAAAAAGACUCGCUCAGGCUCACACCACCGCGCAUGGCUGAACUGGGAGUCGGGACCCCGCCGCUCCCUGCUGACCAGCAGUUGGUGGAAGGGGAGACAGCCUUCCCAACUCCUGCCUGACCUGAUUCCUGGAGCCCAGCCAUCUCUGCCCAUGCACACUCCCAGGGAGAAGGUAUGGCCUUGUUCGCGGGUUGUCUGCCACGUCAGAAAACCUUCACUCUGCACCUGUCACCUCGUUGCAGGCUGUGGGGUUCCCGCCAUCCAACCUGUGCUUAGCAGCCUGUCCAGGAUCGUCAAUGGGGAGAACGCUGUCCCUGGCUCCUGGCCCUGGCAGGUGUCCCUGCAGGACAGCACUGGCUUCCACUUCUGCGGGGGCUCCCUGAUCAGUGAGGACUGGAUGGUCACUGCCACCCACUGCGGGGUCACAACCUCUGACCUGGUCGUGGCCGGGGAGUUUGACCAGGGCUCAGCCACCGAGGACAUCCAGGUCCUGAAGAUUGCCAAGGUUUUCAAGAACCCCAAGUUCAACAUACUCACCAUUCGCAACGACAUCGCCCUGCUGACGCUGGCCACGCCCGCGCGCUUCUCCGAGACCGUGUCCGCCGUGUGCCUGCCCAGCGCCAGUGACGACUGUCCCUCCGGGAUGCAGUGCGUCACCACGGGCUGGGAGACCAAGUACAGCGCCCUCCAGACCCCUGACAAGCUGCAGCAGGCGGCCCUGCCCAUCAUGUCCAACGCCGACUGCAAGCAGUUCUGGGGCAGCAGGAUCACCGACGUGAUGGUCUGUGCAGGUGCCGUCGGCGUCUCCUCCUGCAUGGGUGACUCUGGCGGCCCCCUGGUCUGCCAGAAGGAUGGAGCCUGGACCCUGGUGGGCAUCGUGUCCUGGGGCAGCAGCACCUGCUCUAUGUCCACACCCACCGUGUAUGCCCGUGUGACUGCACUUGUCUCCUGGGUGCAGGAGAUCCUGGCUGCCAAAUGAGCACAGGGCUCCUGCCAUCCCAACCCCAAGAGUCCCCAAUAAAAGCAUCUGUACA